AUGCUGCUGGCUUUGGUGGCCGCUUCCGCGUCGGCAUUAUCCGCGACCAUCGCCCGCCCAGCAACCGUGGCCGACCCGCUCGUCAUCGCGGGCAAAACAUUCAACUCGCGCCUCUUCUUGGGAACAGGCAAAUACCGCACGUCCGCCGAGAUGGCGGCGUCCGUCGAGGCGUCCGGCGCCGAGGUCGUGACCGUCGCCGUGCGGCGCGUCGAGUCGGCCGUGACGGAGAUGCUCGCGGCGUCCAUCGACUGGGACAAGGUCUGGCUCCUGCCGAACACGGCCGGGUGCACGACCGCGGAAGACGCGGUGCGCGUCGCGCGGCUCGGCCGCGAGACGGCCAAGGCCCUGGGCCAGGGCGACAACAACUUCGUCAAGCUCGAGGUCAUCACGGACUCGACCUACCUGCUGCCGGACCCGCUCGGCACCGUCGCGGCCGCGCGCCAGCUCGUCAAGGAGGGCUUCGCGGUCCUGCCCUACUGCUCGCCGGACCCGAUCCUCUGCCGCCACCUCGAGGACGUCGGCUGCGCGACGGUCAUGCCCCUGGGCAGCCCCAUCGGCUCGGGCCAGGGCAUCGACGCGUCGUCGUGCAUCCGCGUCAUCUGCGAGCAGGCGUCCGUGCCCGUCGUCGUCGACGCGGGCCUCCGCACGCCGUCGGACGCGGCGCUGGCCAUGGAGCUCGGCGCCGACGCGGUCCUCGCCAACUCCGCCGUCGCCCGCGCCAGCGACGCGCCGGCCAUGGCCCGCGCCUUCAAGCUCGCGACGGAGGCGGGCCGCCUCGCGCGCCUCGCGCGGCCCAUGGACGUGAGCGAGAGCGCCGUCGCGUCGUCGCCCCUCCUCGAGCUGACGCAGUGA